CAUAGCACGUCUAGUUCUUCAAGUUUUUGUCAGAAAAGAGCGGGAAAGCGCCCCCAUCCAGCCUGUUAAGCCGAGGAAUCGGCGAGUCUCCCAGGCCCACCCCUGCAGCAGUGAUGCAAAGAGAACAAAUCAGCGACGUAGAGAGGAGGGAAAAAAAAAGAAAGAAAGAAGGAACCCCCUGGGGGUGGUGGGAGGAGAGAGCGGACGGAGUAAGCACGGAGCAGUCUCCAACCACUGGGACGAGAGGGAGCGCUUUCUGGGGAAACAAACUCCGCAUAAAUAAUUGAGUUUGGAGCCCUGCGCUUUCAGAAGCUCGGAGCGCACCUCCCCAGCGCCUUCCUAGCUGAAAAGGAGCCGAGCGGGGAAAGAGGUCGGUGACGGGAGCGAGAGCAGCUCGGCCGGCGGUGGGACGCUGUGCCCGCAGACGCCCGCAAGAGGGACAGCAGGGCCCAGUGAGCAGAGCCCAGCGAGCGCGGGAAGGACAGCGCGCGACGGGCAAGGAGCCCUCGCCAGCGGCGGUGGGAAGACAGCUGGGAGGCGCUGCAUGGACAGCAUGCGUUUCUCCGGAGGCCCCAACGAGGGGCCCGCGGACAACUCCAGCCAGGGGUGGCCCCUGUUAGCCGGCGGUGUCAACGGCAGCCGGGCAGCGGAGGCGCUCGGGGACGGCGGCAGCCCCCAGGGGGACGUGCGCAACGAGGAGCUGGCCAAGCUGGAGAUCGCCGUGCUGGCUGUGACUUUCGUGGUAGCCGUGCUAGGUAACAGCAGCGUGUUGGUGGCGCUGCACCGCACCCCUCGCAAGACGUCCCGCAUGCACCUCUUCAUCCGCCACCUCAGCCUGGCCGACCUGGCCGUCGCUUUCUUCCAGGUGCUGCCGCAGAUGUGCUGGGACAUCACCUACCGUUUCCGCGGGCCUGACGGGCUGUGCCGCGUGGUGAAGCACCUGCAGGUGUUCGGCAUGUUCGUGUCGCCCUACAUGCUGGUGGUCAUGACCGCCGACCGCUACAUUGCGGUGUGCCACCCGCUGAAGACGCUGCAGCAACCGACGCGCCGCUCGCGCCUCAUGAUCGCUGCCGCCUGGGUGCUGAGCUUCGUGCUUAGCACGCCGCAGUACUUCGUCUUCUCCAUGGUCGAGGUGAACAACGUCACCAAGGCCCGGGACUGCUGGGCCACCUUCAUCCAGCCCUGGGGUCCCCGCGCCUAUGUAACCUGGAUGACGGGUGGCAUCUUCGUGGCGCCCGUGGUCAUCCUGGGUACCUGCUAUGGCUUCAUCUGCUACCACAUCUGGCGCAACGUCCGCGGAAAGACGGCUUUGCUCCCGGGAAAGGGCGCCGAGGGCGCGAGUGGCGCUUUGCAUAAGGGGCUCCUGCUCGCGCCGUGUAUCAGCAGCGUGAAGACCAUUUCCCGCGCCAAGAUUCGCACGGUGAAGAUGACUUUUGUGAUCGUGACCGUUUACAUCGUUUGCUGGGCGCCCUUCUUCAUCCUUCAGAUGUGGUCUGUCUGGGAUGAGAAGUUUGUUUGGAUCGAAUCAGAAAACCCGGCCAUCACCAUCACUGCAUUACUGGCUUCCUUGAAUAGUUGCUGUAAUCCCUGGAUAUACAUGUUUUUUAGCGGCCAUCUCCUGCAAGACUGUGUCCACAGCUUCCCAUGCUGCCAGAACAUGAAUCAAACGUUCAACAAAGAAGAUUCUGACAGUAUGAGCAGAAGACAGACUUCUUACACUAACAACCGGAGCCCCACAAACAGUAUGGGUACAUGGAAGGACUCGCCUAAAUCGUCCAAGUCCAUCAAAUUCAUUCCUGUUUCAACCUGAGCCCACAUUCACGCAGCCUGACUCUUGUAGUGGUCUUUUGGGUCUACUGGCUGAAUCCAGCUAGAAAUCAUGGGAACAAAUGAACUUCUAAGAGAUAAGCGUCAGUUUGUUGAGUGCAAGACUGUGUUUCUAGUUGCAUUUUCUCAUUGCUAUGACCAAAAGUUAUGAAUUGUUUUAUAUGGGACGUUAAAAAAUAAAAAAAUUUAAAAAUGAUGAAAAAAUAUGCUACACGAAGAUUUGUAGGCCUAAUUUUCAGAAAUAUAAUAGAAGUUAUAGUUCUAAAGGAAAAACAUAACCACCCUGGCUUUACAUUCUGUUGUUGGUUUCCUUUCUUUUCUUUUCCUUUUAUUAUGGAUAGAACUAAGGCUUGCUUGGUUUAGAAGUCAUAGGAUGUAGGGGCAUUAUUUCAAACAAAGUGAGCUCAUCAUCAGCCUUAGUGUUUGAAAGGAAUUAGAAGAACCUUCAGAGAAAUUUUUUCCAUCCAAUAAAAAUCAGUUCAUGCAUCAGAAAA